AUGAAUAUAAAAAUAAUAGUAAUUGGACUUUUUGGUAAUGUUGCACCCAAAACUGUUGAAAAUUUUCGAGCUCUUGCGACUGGUGAAAAAGGCUACGGCUAUAAAGGAUCGAAAUUUCAUCGUGUGAUUAAGGAUUUCAUGAUUCAAGGGGGAGAUUUCACGAAAGGAGAUGGAACAGGUGGUAAAAGCAUUUACGGUGAACGUUUCGCUGAUGAAAAUUUUGAACUUUCACAUUACGGUGCUGGUUGGAUUAGUAUGGCGAAUGCUGGUCCUGAUACAAAUGGAUCGCAGUUUUUCAUCACCACUGUGAAAACACAUUGGUUGGAUGGACGCCAUGUGGUGUUCGGGAAAGUUCUUGAAGGUAUGGACGUCGUCCGAAGAAUAGAGUCAAGUAGAACUGAAGCUGGUGAUAAGCCUGUUAAUGAUGUUGUAAUAGCCGAAUGUGGAGAAAUUGAAAUAUCUGCUCCAUUCGAUGUACCAAAGAAACCCGUAGAUUGA